GCUCUUAUUGCCGGACCAAGUUUUGUGCUCGAUGCGGAGGUCGUGUCUCUCUACGAUCAAACAAUGAGGAUAAAGUGGUUAUGUGGGUAUGCAAUUUAUGUCGAAAGCAACAAGAAAUCCUAACAAAAUCUGGAGCAUGGUUUUUUGGAAGUGGACCACAGCCGUCACCCAGCCAGGACGGAGCACUGAGUGAUACUGCCACUGGGGGAGGUUCUGACGCACCUAGAGAAAAGAAAGCGAGACUUCAAGAAAGAUCAAGAUCACAGACUCCCUUAAGUACGGCAACUGCCUCAUCAAAGGAGAUCUCUUCUUCCAGUGUGCAGUCUGACAGGAGGAAAGGAGCAGAAGUACCACAGCCAGCUAUGGGCCUAGACCAAAAGCAAGCUUCAUCGAGGUCUAGAAGUGAACCCCCAAGAGAGAGGAAGAAGACAUUAUUGGUUGCAGACCAGAAUGGCAAAGGUUUAAAGAGUGAACGUAAGCGUGUGCCAAAAUCCUCACUUCAAAAAGAAGGACCAGCCGAUGACAGGGAACGUAAAGAAAGGCAUGAAAGUAGAAGACUGGAGAAGGGGAAGUCGCAAGAAUUGCCAGAAAAACCUGAGGAAGGCGAAGUGCCUGAUGAUGAAAAACAAAGGAAGGAAGAUGAAUAUCAUACUCGAUACAGGAGUGACCCCAAUCUGGCGAGAUACCCUGUAAAACCACAUCCUGAGGAACAGCAGAUGCGCAUGCACGCUAAAGUUUCUAAAGCACGGCAUGAAAGAAGACAUAGUGAUGUGUCUUUGCCACAUACAGAAAUGGAGGAAGCGGAGGUACCUGAGAAUAAAUUAGGAAAACGCUCACAAUUGCAGGGAACUCAGGACAGAAAAUCUCUUGUGGAAACUCAGAGGUCGUACUCUAUAGACAGAACAGGUGAUGUAAGAAUUUCUGUUUCUAAACAAUUAACUAAUCAUAGUCCACCAACUCCCAGACAUAGUCCAGUUCCUAUAGAACACCUAGAAUACAAGAACCACGAUUCCUUUAAAAAACAGAGUCGCCUUGAUCCUAGCUCUGCUAUUCUCAUGCGAAAAGCAAAGCGGGAGAAAAUGGAGACCAUGCUAAGGAAUGAUUCCCUUAGUUCUGACCAGUCGGAAUCAGUGCGGCCAUCCCCUCCAAAGCCUCAUAGAGCAAAAAGAGGCGGAAAGAAAAGGCAGAUGUCAGUUAGUAGCUCAGAGGAAGAAGGGGCAUCAACACCAGAAUAUACUAGCUGUGAAGAUGUGGAGAUAGAAAGUGAAAGUGUCAGUGAAAAAGGUGACUUGGACUAUUACUGGCUGGAUCCUGCCACGUGGCACAGUAGGGAGACAUCCCCAAUUAGCUCGCAUCCAGUAACGUGGCAGCCUUCUAAAGAGGGAGAUCGCUUAAUUGGACGUGUCAUUCUUAACAAGAGAACAACCAUGCCAAAAGAGUCAGGUGCAUUACUGGGGCUAAAAGUUGUUGGAGGAAAAAUGACAGAAUUAGGACGACUCGGUGCCUUCAUUACCAAAGUGAAGAAAGGUAGCUUGGCCGAUGUGGUGGGGCAUCUCAGGGCAGGGGAUGAAGUUCUAGAAUGGAAUGGUAAACCCCUCCCUGGAGCUACAAAUGAAGAAGUUUACAACAUUAUUUUAGAAUCAAAAUCAGAACCUCAAGUUGAAAUUAUUGUUUCAAGGCCUAUUGGUGAUAUUCCACGGAUUCCUGAGACUUCUCACCCCCCACUAGAGUCUAGUUCAAGUUCUUUUGAAUCUCAGAAGAUGGAAAGGCCUUCUAUUUCUGUUAUAUCUCCAACCAGCCCUGGAACUCUAAGGGAUGCACCACAAGUCUUACCAGGGCAGCUUUCUGUGAAACUGUGGUAUGACAAAGUGGGACAUCAGUUAAUAGUAAAUGUUCUGCAAGCAACAGAUUUGCCACCGAGAGUAGAUGGACGCCCCCGGAAUCCCUAUGUAAAAAUGUAUUUUCUUCCAGAUAGAAGUGAUAAGAGUAAAAGGAGGACCAAAACAGUAAAGAAAAGUCUAGAACCAAAAUGGAACCAAACUUUUCUCUACUCACAUGUACAUCGUAGAGACUUUAGAGAACGAAUGCUUGAAAUAACUGUAUGGGAUCAGCCAAGAGUGCAAGAAGAAGAAAGUGAAUUUCUUGGAGAGAUUCUUAUAGAGCUGGAGACAGCACUUUUAGAUGAUGAACCACAUUGGUAUAAGCUACAGACACAUGAUGAGUCUUCACUACCUCUGCCUCAGCCAUCACCUUUCAUGCCAAGAAGACAUGUCCAUGGCGGAGAAAGUUCUAGCAAAAAAUUACAAAGAUCUCGACCAAUCAGUGAUAGUGACAUCUCAGAUUAUGAUGUUGAUGAUGGUAUUGGAGUUGUUCCUCCAGUAGGUUAUAGAUCUAGUUCUAGAGAAAGUAAAUCUACAACACUAACUGUGCCAGAACAGCAAAGAACAACCCAUCAUCGUUCACGAUCUGUAUCUCCUCACCGUGGCGACGAUCAGGGCAGGACCCGUUCACGUUUACCAAAUGUGCCAUUACAGAGGAGUUUAGAUGAAAUUCAUCAAAUGAGAAGAUCACGCUCUCCAACUAGACACCAUGAUGCCUCCAGAAGUCCAGCUGAUUACAGAUCCCGAGACAUGGAUAGUCAGUAUUUGUCAGAUCAAGAAAGUGAGCUUCUUAUGCUGCCCAGAGCAAAACGAGGAAGAAGUGCAGAGUGCCUACAUACCAUCAGAAAUUCUGUUAGGCACUAUAAAACAUUACCACCCAAGAUGCCUUUACUAGAAAAUGGUACUCAUUGGAACAUAUACAGCUCAACUCUGCCUGCAUGUGCUAAGACCAAAUCAGUGAUAGGACAGGAUAUUUCACUUCUUCGUGAUUGCCUUAAUUCACGAAAACCGAAAUUUGGAGAUGACCUACUGGUUAGUGAACUACAGCCCUCCCUUGACAGGGCUAGGAGUGCUAGUACCAACUGCUUGAGACCAGAUACUAGUUUGCAUUCACCAGAACGAGAAAGGGGUAGAUGGUCCCCCUCCCUAGAGAGGAGACGACCUACUAGUCCCAGGAUUCAUAUCCAGCAUGCAUCUCCGGAGGAUGACAGAACAAGGACGCUGGAGUCUUGCAUUCCAAAACAGGACAGUGUAGACCACCUAAGUGCUAAACCUGGAGCAGCACAGAGGCAGUCGAGAAAAGUGGAAAGAUAUAGCAGCCAAAAACAAACUAGGAAAGGCUCCGCAACUGAAACAGAAAGGGGUCUGCUACCAUGUCUUUCUAGAAGGGGACUUCCAACCCCACGAACAGCUGAACAGCCAGUCAUUAGGGGGAAACAUCACACUCGCUCGAGGUCGAGUGAGCACUCUAGUAUCAGACCAUUAUGCUCUGUACAUCACCUAGCGCCCGGAGGGUCGGCGCCACCUUCUCCACUUCUGACAAGAAUACAUCAACAAGGAAGUCCCUCACAGUCUCCUCCUGCAGACACAUCCUUCAGCAGUCGCAGGGGAAGACAGCUCCCGCAAGUUCCAGUAAGAAGUGGCAGUAUAGAGCAAGAACAAGAAAAUUUUAACUCUUCCACAAAAGCAAGCUUAGUAGUGGAGGAGCGCACGAGACAGAUGAAAAUGAAAGUGCACCGUUAUAAUCAGACAUCAGGGUCUGGUUCUAGUCAAGAACAUGAGCGUGAGCAAUAUACCAAGUAUAAUAUACAAACAGAUCAGUACCGAAGUUGUGAUAACGUCUCUGCCAAAUCAUCAGAUAGUGAUGUCAGUGAUGUGUCAGCCAUUUCCCGAACCAGCAGUGCCUCACGCCUCAGCAGCACAAGUUUUAUGUCAGAGCAAUCUGAACGCCCGAGGGGCAGGAUCAGUACAUUUACUCCUAAAAUGCAAGGCAGACGGAUGGGGACAUCAGGGAGAAUCACUAAGAGCACAAGCGUGAGCGGCGAGAUGUACAAGCUGGAGCACAACGAUGGGAGUCAGUCGGACACGGCUGUCGGUACAGUUGGAACAGGUGGGAAGAAAAGACGUUCCAGCCUUAGUGCCAAAGUGGUUGCCAUAGUGUCUCGCAGGAGCAGAAGCACGUCUCAGCUUAGCCAAACAGAGGCUGGCAACAAGAAGCUAAAGAGCACGAUACAGAGAAGCACAGAGACGGGAAUGGCAGCAGAAAUGAGAAGUCGUAUGGUUCGACAGCCAAGCCGGGAAUCCACUGAUGGCAGCAUAAAUAGUUAUAGCUCUGAGGGCAAUUUAAUAUUCCCUGGAGUACGACUGGGCGCUGACAGUCAAUUUAGUGAUUUCCUCGAUGGACUUGGACCCGCACAGUUAGUAGGCCGACAAACACUAGCAACCCCUGCCAUGGGGGAUAUUCAGAUUGGAAUGGUGGAUAAAAAGGGCCAAUUAGAAGUGGAAGUCAUUAGAGCCCGGGGCCUCACACAAAAACCUGGCUCCAAGUCAACCCCAGCGCCCUAUGUCAAAGUGUAUUUAUUGGAAAAUGGAGCAUGCAUAGCUAAGAAGAAGACGAGAAUUGCACGGAAGACCCUUGAUCCUUUGUACCAACAGACACUGGUUUUUGAUGAAAGUCCACAGGGUAAAGUCCUUCAGGUAAUAGUUUGGGGAGAUUAUGGCCGAAUGGAUCACAAAUGCUUCAUGGGAGUUGCCCAGAUCCUUCUGGAGGAACUUGAUCUGUCCAGCGUGGUAAUAGGCUGGUAUAAAUUAUUUCCGCCUUCCUCACUAGUGGAUCCAACCUUGACUCCCCUGACACGCAGGGCUUCCCAGUCAUCUCUGGAGAGUUCAACUGGGCCUCCCUGCAUUAGAUCAUAGUAGCAGGUGCUGUCUAAUAAAAACAUCACCCAGGAUAACAAUUGGAACCAGAUAUUCACAUGAUCAAAAACACUGUUGGAGAGAGACAAUCACUUCUGUGUUUGCUUGUAGUAGUUAUCCAAAAAUAUGUCGGAGUUGUUUGUUGAAAGAUGGCUUAAAUUGACAGAACAAAGGUGUAUCACAUACAUGCAGUCAGUCUGUUAGCAACUGUCACUGAUGCUUAUCAUGAU